AAAGUGGAAUCGCCUCACUGUAUCCAGCAAUCUAGCUUGAAAAACGAUGCAUGGGAAUGCACCCUUUCCUUUCAACGGAAUUACCGGAAAGCGAACCCUAGCGAGAGAAAACUCCGCUGAUCCGAGGCCAGUGGCGUCGUUUGAUCAAGCGCCUCCCGGGGAUGCGAAAGUCGGAGAGAAGAUCUUCAAGACAAAGUGCGCUCAGUGCCACACCGUCGAGAAAGGCGCCGGUCACAAACAAGGACCUAAUUUGAAUGGACUUUUUGGGAGACAGUCUGGGACAACUCCUGGAUACUCGUACUCUGCUGCUAAUAAGAAUAUGGCUGUGAUUUGGGGAGAGAACACACUGUAUGACUACUUGCUUAACCCUAAGAAGUAAAUUCCUGGGACCAAGAUGGUUUUUCCUGGACUAAAGAAGCCACAGGAGCGUGCUGACCUCAUUGCUUAUCUAAAGGAAUCAACUGCAUGAUCCUUUUUGCUUUAUUUGAGCCAUUUCCUAGAAAAUUUAAGGAGUUUGGUCACGGAUGCCAAAGUUUUAUUUUUUUGAAAGGGCAAAAACUUGCAAUUUUUGAAAUAAAGGCCAUUAACCACUCCAAAAUGUUUUAGGUUUUGGAGUUUUAGUAAAGCUACAGAAAAAUUCUUGUGUAAGACAAAUUAGACGAGGCAUUCCAUGAAACCUUCGCCAAUAUUUUAAUCUCACUUCAUGCUGGCCUUUUAACUUGUCAUGGUGAGGUCAUGACCAUUGUUACGUGUUUUGAUGUCUUUUGAGAAAUCCAUUUUAUGAACAUGAUAGUUUUGGAUGAAUGUGCUCUUUAUUUCUUUUUAUUUUUAUUUUUUUCGGUGAAAGGAUCUGGUAAUGAUGGGGGUAAAAUCAUAUUUUGCUAUAUGAUAUUUUCAUGAUAGCUGUUUGAAUUAUUAUGUGUUACGAUGACUGUCAGAAGUGUUUUGCCGUCUGGGCCCCCCUGAUAAUGGCAGAUGGUUUUUCUAUCUAAUUGUUUGUAUUUUGCACUUACAGAUUUAUAGUCUUCUAGGAGGGGGAGGCUUCCUUCUCCCUUCCAAUGCGGCUUGGGUAUCCUCAAACUCAAUAGGAGAUUAUUACUAGAUCACAAAAUCAUUUUGGCUGGGUGUCUUCUAGAGUCAACGGCCGCAAGAAUAUGCCACUCGGAAAAAACCAGCAUGCAAAAGGUAGUUUGCUUUGUUUUUAUUUACCUUGGUCUAUUUUCACAUUUGCCCCUGUUGUUGAACAUCUGUUUUCAUUCAUGCCCUUGACUUCUAGUUUGGAACUGCCAAUAUUUUAAAUUGAUCCUUGAAUCUUAAGAAAAGAGUUUCCCCAGAGUGUUUCUUUUCUUAUCCAUUGGGGAAUUAAAGUUUUUAAGUGAAGUCUAACAAAAAUGAAACUUUUAA